AUGCAGAGAAAAAGGAUUGGGCUACUAAAGCAUGAAAAUAAAAAACCCAGGAUAGCACAACAAAAAUACCGUAAAAGAGAUGGAGAUAAAAAAGAAAAAAUAAGCAAAAAUACAAAAGAUCUAAUUAGACAAAGAAGACUUCUAGUAGAACAACAAAAGGAAGAUACAAGCGAAAUAAGAACACUAAAUAAGACUAUUUCAAAAGAAAUACGGGAAGAUUUAAGGAAAUAUAACACAGAAAAAACCAGACAAGUAAUCGAAGUAAAUAAAAGUAUGAAGGUGCUUAGAAGGAGACUAGCUGAUGGGAAAAAGGAAAUCGUCAAACUCAAGGAUAACAACAAAAAAGAAGCAAACAAUAGGAGAGAAUUGGUAAAAAUUGUAGAAGAAUUCUACAAGGAACUAUAUAGGAGCAGAAGAGAAGAAUUAAAUAUCACAAAAAAUAAAAUGAAAGUCGUAAACCAAGGUUCAGAACUUGUACCCGAAAUAACAAUUGAAGAAUCAAAAAAUGCCCUAACGCAAAUGAAACACAAGAAAGCGGCAGGAGAAGACCAAAUUGUGAUAGAAGCUGUCAAAGUUGGGGCCCAAAAGAAAUGGAAAUGGGCAGGCCAUGUAGCCCGAAUGACAGAUAAUAGAUGGACGAAAAGAAUAUUGGAGUGGAGGCCAAGAAUGGAUAAGAGAAGUAGAGGCAGGCCGCCAACAAGAUGGAGUGACGAUGUAAAGAAAAUUGUAGGAAAUUGGAUACAUACAGCUCAAGAUAGAGCUAGAUGGUUUAAACUAGAGGAGGCCUAUAACCAGCAGUGGAUGGAAGAUGGCUGA